UUUAUGCUUUGUAGUAGCUAUGGGACAUUUUAGUCAGUUCAAAUUCAUUGUCUGAAAAUUACUCCUUUCAAAUGACCGAAAUGAUCGAAACGGCAUAUAAAAUGCUACGUGUGCAUAAGCGUGUUUAAAGUAAGUUGUAUUUUUGAGAAAUUGAAACUAAAAGCACAUCCCCCUCUCGUUUAUAAACAUGGCUUCGAAUCAUCAAGACGAUUCCGACACUGAUGGCUCAGAAUUCAGUGAUAGUGGCUCAGACUCUUGUACCUCAGAUACUUCAACCAAAGAUUCAGGCUCCUUUAUCGACUCUGACUGUGACUCUGACUCCAGCGAUAAAGCAGUUGCUACGACACGUGCUGCGUUCAAGCGUAAGAUUUGUAGGUAUUACAAUGAUGGCCACUGCCGAAAUGGAAACAGGUGUCAGUAUGAGCACAUAUGCAAAAACCACGUGGAGGGCUCGUGCCCCCUUGGCAUUGGAUGCCCUCUCAAACACAGUUCUGCUUCAAAUGCAUCACCACAACCAAAUGAACAUCCAGACCGUGAAAGCCAUGGUAGGCGGCAGAGAAGAAAUAGCAGUCCUGUGUCUGCAGAUGAUGAAGAAGACGAUGACAGACCGUACAGAUGGCAGUUGAAUUUGGGAGAUGGCUGGCAGGACGUUUCCAAUGAUUUUGUACUAGAAGCCCAGUAUUCACGCCCUGAAGCCAAAGGAAUCAACAUCUAUAACACCCCUGCUGGAGUUAUUUCGAUCGACUUCAACAAGAUGAGGGUUCUUACCAAGACUAACAUUAAAGUCCGGCGUAAAGGUUCAAAGCAAAACGAGUGGCUAUGGUAUUACCGAGGUAAAAACAAGUGGCACCAGUUUGGAGUGAAGCGUUCAAAGGGCAAAAGCAAUGGGAUUCAGAGUUCAAGACUGGAAAAGGAAUACCAAAAACACAAGAAGGGUUCUUUUCAGUUUGCUGUUGAUUCCAACACAUUCGAGAUUAGCUUCAAAGGAAUGUAUCAGAAAAGUUUAUCUACAGGCCAGAAAAGACGGGUUAGACGACGCCCUAAAUAUGAUCCGUCUAAAGCUGUAGCAAGCACGUUGCCCUUCAGUUUCCGGGACUUGAUGGCUUCAGUGUGGCAGUUUGAAGGGAGAGGUGGUAAAUGGCACACCUUCAAAAAAAUGAAUGGAUGUUCAGUCUCAAGUGAUGACAUCGAGGGCUGUUACCAAAGUAAACAGAAGACAAUGACAUUCACCGUUAAUGGUGACCCUUACACACUGGAUUUUUCAAGGAUGAAUCAGGUUAACCAUAGGACAAAUGCCAGACGCAAGAUCCGCCGCACUUAAUGGCCAUGUGCAAAAGCUCAAGAACAGGAGUUUGCCGAAUUAAGGCUGGAGGUGAUCAGAAACUUCAAUGACUUCUAGGAAAAAAGAAUACUAUUGAAGUCAAAGGACCUCUGAUCGGUUUGGUUACGAACAUAAAAUAUC